UCAAAUUUGUAAAUGAAGCGCACUUUCAGGUGAAUGAAACAUGCUUUAAUUUAUAUUACUGUACACAUCAAUGGCAGAAUUCCCAGAACUAGGCAAAAAUUGUUCGCUAGAAGCUUGCAAAAAACUCGAUUUCGUGCCUUUCUUCUGCAGCUAUUGCGCGAAAUAUUUCUGCGAUGAACAUCGAUUUGAUCAUGGAUGUCAGUUUAAAAGUCUAGAUGCUGGACAAUUAGCCACAUCCAGCUGUGAUGGUAGUAAACCAUUGAGGAAAUAUUUAUGCUCGAUGAAUGGUUGUUUCACUUUCGAAAUUAUCCAAAUUGAUUGUCAACAUUGUGGAUUUAAUUUCUGCCUGAAACAUCGUUAUCCAGAGGAACAUCGAUGCCAUGCCAAAGAUGUUGCGAAUGGACAAAUUAAUAGAGAUCUUCAGGAAGGAUUGAAAAAAAGAUGUUAAUGGUUUUGGCUGCUGAUGAAAGAGAUAUUGCUAAAGCAAGUUUGUCUUCACCACCGCAGAAGAAGAAACCGGUGGAUGAAACGAUGCGAAGAAGAGCUGAUCGAAUAGCAGUAAUGCGUCUUAAAUCAAAUACUCGAAAUUGUAAUAUUCCUGCUGCCGAGCAAAUGUUUUUGUUCAUCAUAGAAAAUCAUAAGCGCGAACCAGUUAUGAUUUCCAAACGCUGGACAAUAGGACGCUGUGUUGAUCAGAUUGCCAAUCAGUAUUCAAUACCAAAUAGCAAUGCAACUUUCGGAACUAAAGUAUUACGACUGUACUGUGAAACGGAUCAAUCGAGUCCUCUACCGAUGGGCGAUAAUGUCGAAAAGUAUUUGAAAGAUUUUGCUAACGUUUUCCUCAAAAGAGACGAGUGAAAGUAUGAAAGGAAUUGCAUAAAGUAUUUAAGUACCUGCGAAGAUCGAAUAUGAAAGCAGACAUCUCAGAAACCAUUGUUCGACCUUGUGAAGCGUGAAAAUUACACUAUGGUUAAAAUCCGUGCUCUAAAAUGUUCUUCAUUUGGCAUAUGGCGAGUAAUAGAUCACAUAGUUAAUUUCAUCUUUUUUUUUUUAACAUCCAUGUUCAAAAAAGGUAUUACUUGAUAGUUGAGUAUAUAAAGCUGUGGUUGUUUAUUUGAUGCAACUACUAAAAAUUCGGGU